AUGGCAUCAAUUUCCCUCACUUCCUCAUGGUCUCUCACAAACUCUAAUGGCAGAACCCUUCAUACAAAAAACCCAUUUAAGAGAACCAACAAUCUCUCCUUUUCUCUCUCUAGAAAGCCCAGAAGAGGAAAUUCUGUUAGCUGCUCUGUAAAUGAGGAGUCCUCAUCUCCAUCUUCCUCUACUACAGUUGUUCCGGAGAAGAUUUAUACUGAGAAAGAAGACGGCUUAUCUUCUUCUGCUUCUCAAGAACAAGGAAAUGGGCGUGAUGAACCCGAAGAAGUUGAUUGGAAGGCUGAUGAAGAGUUCAAGAAAUUUAUGGGGAAUCCUUCUAUUGAAGCAGCCAUUAAAUUGGAGAAGAAGAGAGCUGAUAGAAAGCUCAAGGAACUUGACAGAGCAUCAGGUGGUAACCCACUAACCAUGUUCUUCUCUAACAUAAUUAAAGACAGUUUGGCUAGAAAGAAAGAGAAGUUGGAAGAGGCAGAGGAAACUUUUAAGGCUUUGGAUUUCAACAAGUUGAAGAGCUGUUUUGGGUAUGACACAUUUUUUGCUGUUGAUGUUCGAAGAUUUGGAGAUGGGGGCAUUUUUAUCGGAAAUUUGUGAAAACCCAUUGAAGAAGUGAUGCCCAAGUUAGAGAAGAAGCUAUCACAGGCAGCAGACCGAGAAGUGGUUCUCUAGUUUAUGCAAGAGCAAACAAAUGACAUUACAAAGCAGGUUUGUGUGGUGCAACCAAAAGCUGAACUAGAUCUGCAAUUUGAGUCAACCAAACUGAGCACUCCAUGGGGUUAUAUCAGUGCCGUUGUCUUGUGCGUUGCAACCUUCAGCACUAUAGCUUUGGUUAGCGGCUUCUUUCUCAAGCCUGAUGCGCCUUUCGAUGAUUACGUUGCUAAUGUGUUGCCUCUUUUUGGUGGAUUUCUCUCCAUUUUAGGCAUUUCUGAGAUUGCCACAAGAGUAACUGCUGCUCGCUAUGGGGUUAAACUUAGCCCAUCUUUCCUAGUCCCAUCUAACUGGACUGGUUGUCUUGGUGUGAUCAAUAACUAUGAAUCCCUUCUUCCAAAUAAGAAAGCCCUCUUUGAUAUCCUUGUUGCCCGAACUGCUAGUGCAUAUUUGACAUCAUUAGUCCUUGUAGUUUCAGCUUUUGUGGCUGAUGGAAGCUUUAAUGGAGGAGACAAUGCCUUGUACAUAAGGCCGCAGUUUUUCUAUAACAAUCCAUUACUGUCAUUCAUCCAAUAUGUGAUAGGCCCAUAUGCAGAUGAUCUUGGGAAUGUAUUGCCUUAUGCUGUGGAGGGCGUUGGGGUGCCUGGGGAUCCCCUUGCGUUUGCUGGACUUUUAGGGAUGGUGGUUACAUCACUAAACCUUCUUCCUUGUGGCCGACUCGAAGGAGGCCGCAUAGCGCAAGCAUUGUUUGGGCGUAACAUUGCCAUCAUUCUUUCCUUUGGGACUUCUCUACUCCUAGGCAUAGGAGGGCUCAGUGGCAGUGUCCUUUGCUUAGCUUGGGGCCUUUUCGCAACCUUCUUUAGGGGCAGAGAAGAGAUACCUGCAAAGGAUGAGAUCACUCCCUUAGGUGAGGAUCGGUAUGCAUGGGGCAUUGUUUUAGGCAUUAUUUGUUUCCUCACUCUCUUCCCUAAUGGAGGGGGAACCUUCUCAAGGUCGUUUCUAAACCCCCCAUUUUUCAUGGGAGAGAUGUAA